UUAAGCCCAGAGAAAAUUUAAAUUUUUUAUUCCUGUUGUCUUUUCCCUUGCUUUAUAAUCACCAUGAAUUCUAAAGGUGAAGGUCAUCGCCAGUCGAUGCUUGAGAAGCAGCGACAAAAAAUUUAUGAGGAGUCUGAAAAAGAACGUCAAAAGAAUGCCAAGAUGAGCGAAGUUCGCGUUGGAUCGGACAAGUUUGUAAAGACAAAGACCGACAUCGAAUCCCAAUUGAAGAGCAGUACGAUUGGUCUGACAGAACUGAAAGAUUACAGAAAGAUUCGAGAGAAUUUAGAGGAACAACAAAAAAGAGAAGCUGCUUUAACCGCACCUAUCGGUGAUGAUAAGAGAAAGAAAAAGAAGAAGAAGCAGCCUUUAAAGUUGUCAUUUGCUGGUGACGAUGAUGAAGCAGAGUUAGAAGCAGAAGAGGAGCAAGUGGUAUUUAAGAAAAGAAAGAUGUUAAAAGAUCCUACAAUCGAUACCAGCUUCUUGCCAGAUAGAGAAAGAGAAGAUAAGGAACGUAUCGAACGUGAGGAGUUACGAAAGGAAUGGAUUUUGAAGCAAGAGGAGAUAAAAAAUGAGCAAAUCAAUAUUACGUAUUCAUUUUGGGAUGGAAGUGGACAUCGUAAAGUAGUCAAGUGCAAGAAGGGCGACUCUAUUCAGCAAUUUUUAGAAGCUUGUCGUCAACAAUUUCCUCAAUUGCGAGGUGUCAAUGUAGAUAACUUAUUGUACAUCAAGGAAGAUCUUAUUAUUCCCCAUCAUUUUACUUUUUAUGAUUUCAUCAUCAACAAAGCCAGAGGUAAAUCAGGUCCCUUAUUCAGUUUCGAUGUGCAUGAUGAUGUUCGGUUAGUGAACGAUGCUACGAUUGAGAAAGACGAGUCUCAUGCUGGUAAGGUAGUCGAAAGAUCGUGGUACGAAAGAAACAAGCAUAUCUUUCCCGCUAGUCGGUGGGAAGUCUUUGAUCCUGCUAAAUCUUAUGGCAAGUAUAAGAUCAAGGAUACAGGUCAAAAAGUCAUGUAAUUUGAAAAUUAAAAAUAUAAUAAAAAACAGCAACAAGGACCUUUUCAGUUUUGUAAAUAAGAGAAGUUGCUACACAAUCAGUGGAUUUGAAGGAUUUGAAAUCCGGAAACUGAGAAACGUCUUACAAACAA